AUGGCCCACGGGACAAAUCACGUAGGUGGUCGUUACAGACUCCUCGAUCCCGAUCCUAACCCUGACCUAAAACCAAGAAAAAAGCAUAAAAAUACAAAUUUGUCCCUCUCGAAUAUAUUCCCUGAUCUUCCACCGCGUUCCAACUUGAUUAAUCCUCGCUGUUUAAUCAUGUCACCAAAAUCAAACGAAAAACCAAUUAUCUCCCUAAGCCCAUUCGUUCUCAAAAAAGCUAUUGACACAAUAAGCAAAGAUUAUGAGAAAAUAACUCAACUUCGUGACGGUAGCCUUUUAAUUUUUGUCAGUUCGCAAAAAACCGCAGACAUUUUCCUGAAGGCAAAAGAGCUCAAAGAUCUUACAGGCAAUUGCCCAAUUGAAGUGAAACUUCACGAUCGCCUUAAUCAAUUAAAAGGUAUAGCUUACGCUCCAUGCCUUAUAAACUUUUCUGAAAAAGAAAUACUAUCUGAAAUGAAAUCUCAACGAGUUACCAAAAUAUACAAAUUUACAAAGAAAGGUGACGAUGGAAAACCUAAACCAACUGGCCUUAUGCUUUUCACAUUUGACCUUUACCAAUUACCCAAAUCAGUUGAUAUCGGUCUUUUUUCCGCUAAAAUAACGGAAUAUAUCCCGAAUCCAAUGAGAUGCCGCAACUGCCAAACUUCUCGGUCACACGAGCAAACGUUGCAACGGUAA